GGCUCGCAGCCGGUUUCUGGCGGGGCCCGGAAGAGGUUCCCGGUCGGGGCGGAAGUGGCGCGCGGCUGCGGCUCAUGCGAAAUGGCGGCGGGGCCGUGCGUGCCGGGACCCCCGCGGCGGUAGGAAGGAGCUGCCGCCCGCCCGCCGAGGGUUACUCAUCCAUUUUUUGAGGUGGCAGUGAAAAGAGAAAAAACAGGCCAAGAUGGGGCGGAGAUCUACAUCCUCCACCAAGAGUGGAAAGUUCAUGAACCCCACAGACCAGGCCCGAAAGGAGGCCCGGAAGAGGGAGCUGAAGAAGAACAAAAAACAGAGGAUGAUGGUACGAGCAGCUGUAUUAAAGAUGAAGGAUCCUAAGCAGAUCAUCCGGGACAUGGAAAAAUUGGAUGAGAUGGAGUUUAACCCAGUACAGCAGCCACAACUUAAUGAGAAGGUGCUAAAGGACAAGCGUAAGAAAUUACGUGAGACCUUUGAGCGUAUCUUGCGUCUCUAUGAAAAGGAAAAUCCUGACAUAUACAAAGAACUGCGCAAGCUAGAAGUGGAGUAUGAACAGAAGAGAUCGCAGCUCAGCCAGUACUUUGAUGCUGUCAAGAAUGCCCAGCACGUCGAAGUGGAAAGUAUUCCCUUGCCAGACAUGCCUCACGCCCCCUCCAACAUCCUCAUACAAGACAUCCCCUUACCUGGAGCCCAACCACCUUCUAUCCUCAAGAAAACAUCAGCCUAUGGACCUCCAGUCCGGUCCAUUUCUGUACUUCCUCCUCUAGGACUUGGCGUUCCACGAUUACCCCCAGGCAGGAAGCCUCCUGGGCCACCCCCAGGGCCACCCCCACCGCAGGUCCUGCAGAUGUACGGCCGUAAAGUGGGCUUUGCCUUGGACAUGGCUCCUCGGAGACGAGAGGAGGAGAUUUCUUAUGGUUCUGACGCAGGCCAACAAGGACAUGACGAUGAAGUCUCCAGUACCAGUGAAGAUGAAGGAUACCCAGAAGACAUGGAUCAAGACAAGCAUGAUGAGAGCAGUGAUGACAGUGAUAGCGACAGGUCAGAUGCAGAUAGUGAUGGUGAUGAGUUCCUACAUCGUGACAAUGACAAGGAAAGGGAUGGUGGAGAAGAAAAGAAAGGUCACAGUGUGCGGUUUGCCGACAUGCCUGGCAAGUCACGGAAAAGAAAAAAGAACAUGAAGGAAUUGACUCCGCUUCAGGCCAUGAUGCUGCGAAUGGCAGGUCAGGAAAUUCCAGAGGAAGGCCGAGAAGUGGAGGAAUACUCGGAAGAAGAGGAUGAGGAGGAGGAGGACUCAGAAACUGAAGAGACAUCGCCAUCACAACAACAACACACAGAGGAGUCUCUGACUGAGACUGGAUCAUCUACUGCAGCUGCCCAGCCCCAGCCACAGCAGCAACCACCACCACAGCCUGUUCCUCCAGCUCAGAUACAGGCACCUCCUAUGCCUGGGCCACCUCCACUAGGACCACCUCCUGCCCCUCCUCUGCGACCCCCAGGGCCACCCACUGGUCUUCCUCCUGGUCCUCCACCAGGGGCUCCGCCGUUCUUGAGACCACCUGGCUUGCCAGGACUGCGUGGACCUUUACCACGACUCUUACCACCAGGACCUCCACCUGGCCGACCCCCUGGCCCUCCACCGGGCCCACCUCCAGGUCUACCACCUGGUCCUCCACCACGGGGACCCCCACCUCGCCUGCCCCCUCCGGCACCCCCAGGUAUCCCUCCGCCUCGCCCGGGCAUGUUGCGUCCACCUUUGGUGCCUCCCUUAGGACCUGCCCCACCCGGGCUUUUCCCACCGGCACCUAUUCCAAACCCAGGGGUGCUGAGUGCCCCACCCAGUUUGAUCCAGCGCCCCAAGGCGGAUGACACCAGUGCAGCCACCAUUGAGAAGAAAGCCACAGCAACUAUCAGUGCCAAGCCACAAAUCACCAACCCCAAGGCAGAGAUUACUCGCUUUGUGCCCACUGCCUUGCGAGUGCGCCGUGAGAACAAGGGUGUGUCUGCUGCCUCCCAGAGGAAACAAGAUGAUGAGCCUGCUCUUCCAUUAACCAAAGCGACACCUAAGGCUGGAUCCUCUGCCCCUGUCUCUGUUCAGACAAAGGAUGAUGUGUAUGAAGCCUUCAUGAAGGAAAUGGAAGGGCUUCUGUGACCUAGCCUGUUUGCAGUCAACCCUCCUACUUGCUGAGCUGUGAUCAGACUACCAUGAGGGAGGAAGAGGAUCCUUCUGACUGCAAUGAUUGGGUUGGAGGGCAUGUGUUAAACGUAGCUGCCUUACCCAGAGGUUAACUUAUCAAGAGUCUCUAAGUAGAGACCAUUACAUGUGGGGUGUGGCAGGGAAGCCCCCUUAGAGCCAGAAUUUCCACUUCUAGCUUCUUGUUGGGGAGGAGACUUAAAGUCCAGAAGGUGACCCUGGUAAAAGGCCUUUCUUGGGUCCUCUAUCAUUGUGGGAAUGAGGCUGUAAUACUGAAAGAAGGGGGAGUGUAUCACACUCAAUGGAACCCUUUCACUUCAUGGAUGCUUUGUGGUAGGGUAAUGGCACAAAUUCCUGAGGUACCAGAAAUAAGCUGGUAACAUUUCAUAUACAGACCUGAUUGUCGGGUUUUUAUGUUCCUUUUUGUUUGUUUUUUUCUGUAAAUAUUUUAUAGUACUAUUUUUAGUUGCAGUGAAAUCGAUUAAUCAUUUUUUCUCCCAAGGGUGGGCAGGAGGUAAUUUGUUGCAUACAUUGUACACUGGAGUUUUGCACUCUGUCCCCUCUGCAACCAUCUUU